CGCACGUGGGCGCCGCUCUAGGCACCGCCUCCUCUCGAUGCUCCUGUCCUGGGCGCGCAAUGGAAACCGGCUGCUGGUUGCUUGGCGGCGAGUUCGAGGACUCGGUGUUCGAGGAGAGGCGGGAGAGGCGGACUGGACCGCUUACGUCCUACCGCGCCAAGCUCUGCGAGCCGCAGUGGUUUUAUGAAGAAACGGGGAGCAGUGAUGAUGUUGAAGCUCUGACUAUCCAGAAAUUCAAAGGGGACCUGGCCUACAGACGGCAGGAGUAUCAGAAAGCACUGCAAGAGUAUUCCAGUAUCUCAGAAAAACUGCCAUCUACGAAUUUUGCCAUGAAAAGGGAUGUCCAGGAAGGCCAGGCUCGGUGUCUCGUUCACCUGGGAAGGCACGAGGAAGCCCUGGAGAUUGCUACAAACUUGGAAAAUAAGGCAACUAACACAGACCAUUUAACUACUGUGCUCUACCUCCAGUUUGCUAUUUGUUCAAGUUUGCAGAACUUGGAGAAAACAAUUUUCUGCCUACAGAAACUGAUUUCUUUGCAUCCCUUUAAUCCUUGGAACUGGGGCAGAUUGGGAGAGGCUUACCUGAAUCUGGAGCCAGUGCUUGCAGCGUUGCUUGCGUCAUCUCAGAAACAGAACAGUUUCACCUCGAGUGACAAGGCUAUCAAAUCCUCUUGUCCCCACUCAGGAAAAGACUGUCUUUUGUGUUUCCCUGAAAUGUUGCCUGAGAGCUCUGCGUUAUCUGUGGAAACGAGCAGUGGUAAUAACCAGAAGAAUGAGAAAGCUUUAAAAAAUAUUCAGAACUGUAUGGCAGAAGAGAGAGCAGCAGUGUUGCUAGAAACUCAGAUGAAAGCCUGUGCCUCUUUUAUACGAACCAGGCUUUUGCUUCAGCUCGCCCAGUCUCAGCAAACAUCGUUUGCUUUGGAGAGGAACUUAAAGACUCAGCAGGAAAUUGAAGCUAAAAUGAAAGGGUUCAGCUUCAAAGAAGACACUUUGCUGUUGAUAGCAGAGGAGCAAUGACAUGCAUCGAAGGAUUUUAAGGAUGGAAGUGAUUUGAUCUUGUUUGUGUUUAAAAAUCUUUCUGUUCCUGGUAAAGCCCAGGGUGGCAGCAGGGGUCAGGGCAGGAGUGGACUCAGGAGCCGGUUGGAAGGCCAUGCUGAUAUCAUGCUGUCACUCAUGCUGUUGCAGCUGCCUGAUUUUGCACCUCACCCCCGCCCCAAUCUUCUUCAUCCUCCAAGCCUCAAUCCAGCCCCCUGGACCUGCCGGCAGAAGUGGGAGCUCCCUCCUGGCUGACCCCAGAGCACUUUCUUAGCUCAUGCUGAUCUUAGAGCACACACCAUACCACACCCUGUGGUCAUUCAUCUACAUUUCCUAAGGAGAGAGAGGAGUUCUGUGUCCCCAGCAUGUGGCACAGCCCCUGUGCUAGUGAGACCCUCAACAAGAGCUGAAAUGUUGAAAUGCACACCCUCCCCACUCCCACCCCCGCGACUCAGCCAGAGAAAUGGACAGAGCCCUUCAGUUUGGGAAAACUGUGUGCAACCAGAGGGAGGGACCCAGAGACAGGUGGACUGAAAGGAUGGGGUGAAGGCUUUUCUGAUUGAUUUUUUGUUUUUAUUGGAAACGGCUCUAAGGGUCCCAGGGAAAAGGAUCCUCUGAAAGGCUGGCAAACAGAUCACCUUUGAAUGUUGAGAGCAAAAACAUUAUAGUUGUCCUGCCCUCCCUUCAGAAGCUGGAUUCUCCACAGUUCCCAGGAAUGGCCCGGCAUGUCUUCAAGCCCACUGCCACCCUCCUCCUGGUACCUCCCAUAUCAAGCCCGACCUGGCCUCGGCAGGCGCUAACGAGCUGGAGAUCCUAGUCAAGGAAGCUGGUGACCCUGACCCAAUCACCUACCCUCUCUGUGCCUCAGUUCCCAUCUGUCAUUUAGAAGAAUAAUGCCUCCCUCAAAGUGUCACGAGGAUUAAGGGACUUCCCUGGCUGUCCAGUGGUUAGGACUCUGCACUUCCACUGCAGGG